GAGUUGGAGCAAAGUUCUUUUAAGUUCUUUUAAGUUUUGAAGCUAAAAUAAGGAUUUGAGAUAGUUCAUAAAAUUUAGUACUCAUUCACCAACCUGGCGCGCAGGACGCAGCGAUGGACCGGCAGCUGCAGCAGCUGUUCCAUUUGCACGACUCUGGGCUCGAUCAGGCGUUCAUUGAUGCGCUGCCUGUGUUCGCGUACCAUGAAAUUAUUGGCGGCAACAAGGAGGCGUUCUAUUGUGCGGUGUGCUUGUGUGAGUUUGAUGGAGAGGACAAGCUUAGGUUGUUUCCGGCGUGCGGGCACGCCUUCCAUCUGCAGUGUAUAUAUACAUGGCUGCUGUCCAAUUCGACAUGCCCGCUUUGCCGUGGUACGCUCUUUAUCUCCGGGAUGACUAUAGAGAGCCUGAUGUUUGAUUUUGAUGAGAGGUUGGAGGAGGAGCCGUUGCCGGAGGAAUAUGAGGAUGCAUUACAAAUUUCCAGGCAAAAACCUUCGGAGGAGCAGCCAGUGGCCGAGAAGAGGGUGUUUCCAGUAGGCCUUGGGAAGUUCAAGAAUGUUGGAAAUCAGGGUGCCAUCGGUGGUGGGGUUGGCAAUGGCAAUGCAGCUGGUUUAGUGAGUAGGGAGCCAGGGGAGAGUAGCAGUAGCAGCUUGGAUGCGAGGAGAUGCUUCUCCACGGGCACUUACCAGUAUGUUCUUGGGGCUUCUGAACUUGGAGUGGCUCUCCAGCCAAGUUGUGGCAGAAUUGCCGCAAGCAGCAGGUUUAGAGGAAGAGCUGGGGGCUUAAGUUCUGUCAAUACUGAAAUUAUGGAGGGAAAAAGGAUUUGAGCGAGGAACAAAGGCGAGAGCUUUUCUGUGUCGAAGAUUUGGCAAUGGUCUAGUGUGAAGGGCAAGCUGCCAGCUGGUUCAGACAAUUGCUCAGACAUUGGAAGUCACACUGUAGCUAUGUGACUUUGUCUAUAGUGUUUUGGUUCUCUCACUGUUUUUUGGCUAGUUUUGGCUGCCAAAUUGUUUAUCUAUAGCUAUUUAGUCUGAUUUACCAUGACUCAGAUAUCAUCAAAAUGAUCAUUCUCAUCGAGGGAUAAAUUUUGACAGGCUUACUGUAUUGCAUGUAAUUGUUUGUGAUUGUUCA